AGGCCCGACAGUGCUCCUGUUUCGCCUUUGUGUCUGCAGAGAGAGGGAGUGAAGGAGUGAUCACACUGGGAGAAGGAGUUGUUGGGUCCUGAAGAUGCUUUAGAAAUUGGAUUUCUGUGGACAGCUUGAGAUGCUUGAGAACUGCCACUCACGGACCACUUUUUAAGUCUAAAACUUUCUGCAGCAUUUUCUACUCUGCGCUCCCUUUUCACAGGGCUUAGGUGACCUUUCUGGUUGUCCAGUUUUAUAUUUUGAAACUAAACCAUACUCUGACUUUUCGGGGUGUGUGGUAGGUCUGGACCAUGCUUUCCUUGUGGUUGUUCCUACUCCCUUGCCUGAGCCUUGUGCGUCUGGCCCCGGCUGAAAAAGGCCUGGAGUUCCCACAGUAUGACGGCAAAGACCGCGUCCUAGACAUCAAUGACAAGAACUACAAGAAAGCCUUGAAAAAGUACAGCAUGCUUUGCCUGUUCUACCACGAGCCUCUACCAGACAGCAAGGAGCUACAAAAGCAACACCAGAUGACUGAGUUGGUGCUGGAGCUUGUAGCUCAGGUUAUGGAAGAGAAGGAAAUUGGGUUUGGAAUGGUUGACUCCAACAAAGAUGCAAAGGUGGCGAAGAAACUGGGUUUGGAAGAGGAAGGCAGUGUAUAUGUUUUUAAGGCCGAUCGAGUGAUCGAGUUUGACGGCUUGCUCUCUGCUAACACCCUGGUGGAGUUUUUGUUGGAUCUACUGGAGGAUCCGGUGGAGGUGAUAGGAAAUGCUCUGGAAUUGAGAGCUUUUGAUAGGCUGGAGGAAGACAUCCGACUCAUCGGUUAUUUCAAGAGCGAAGACUCUGAGCACUAUGAAGCAUUUAAAGAAGCUGCGGAGCAGUUCCAGCCCUACAUUAAAUUCUUUGCCACAUUUGAGAAAUCCGUGGCCAAGGAGCUGACGCUGAAGCUGAACGAGGUGGAUUUCUAUGAACCCUUCAUGGAGGAGCCCGUCACCAUCCCAGGCAAACCUCACUCUGAGGAGGAUCUGGUGGAAUUCAUAACUGAACACAGACGGCCAACUCUGAGAAAGCUGCGUGCAGAAGAUAUGUUUGAGACCUGGGAGGAUGAUAUCGAGGGCAUCCACAUUGUGGCUUUUGCAGAGGAGGAGGAUCCUGAUGGCUUUGAGUUCUUGGAGAUCCUGAAGGAGGUGGCCAGGGACAACACUCACCUACCUGACCUCAGCAUCGUCUGGAUUGACCCUGAUGACUUUCCCCUGCUGAUCCCCUACUGGGAGAAGACCUUCAAGGUGGACCUGUUCAGACCACAGAUCGGAGUGGUCAAUGUUACAGAUGCCGACAGCGUGUGGAUGGAGAUGGAAGAUGAGGAGGAUCUGCCCAGUGCUCAGGAGCUGGAGGACUGGAUUGAAGAUGUGCUCUCUGGCAAAGUCAACACUGAGGAUGAUGAUGAUGAAGAUGAUGAAGAUGAUGAUGAUGAUGAUGAUGAUGAUGAUGAUGAUGAUGAUGAAGAGGAGGAUGAUGAUGAAGAGGACGAUGAUAAUGAAGAGGAUGAUGACGACGAUGACGACGAUGAUGAUGAUGAUGAUGAUGAGUAAUUAAGGAGAAUAAUAAAUCUUGACUCCUCAGUCUUUACUCUUCAAGCUGAGUUGAACAUGGACUUCAAACAAAUGUAAAGUAACUUUUCACUAAGAAAUACUACUUUAAAAUUUGUACUGAAUAUGUGCCUGAUACUGAUAAUGAUAAUAAUAAUAAUAAUAAUAAUAA